UGCGAGAGCGAGCGUGUGGUGUGAGUAGAUCGACGACGACGACAGAGACAGACAUGGCGAUGAGGAAGGAGGCAGUGGUGGCCGUGAUGCUAAUGCUGGUGGUGCUGGCCCCAGGCAAGGCGUGCGAGGUGACGCAGCUGGCGGUGUGCGCGUCGGCGAUCCUGGGCGGGACGAAGCCCAGCGGCGAGUGCUGCGGCAACCUGCGGGCGCAGCAGGGGUGCUUCUGCCAGUACGUCAAGGACCCCAACUACGGGCACUACGUCAACAGCCCCCACGCCCGCGAGACACUCCAGACCUGCGGCAUCGCCCUCCCGCACUGCUAGGCCUCCUAGCCGGCCGAGUGUACUCAGCCAGGCUAGCUUAGCUACCUCCAUGAGUCUAUCUAUAACUAGCCUCGCUGAGUAAGUGGAUGUGGUACGCAAGUACUCACUCGUAUGUUGGAAUAAAACGAAGGCGAUCUACGGUGCCAGGCUGCUGGCCAGUAAA